AGGGGGAUGGUGAUGGAGGAGGAGGUGAUGGUGAACAGGAAGGUGGUGCUGAAGCACCAUCUUCCGCCGGACAGAAUGCCCAAGGAGAGCGACAUGGAGCUGGUGGCGACGGACACAGUGCGGUUGAGGGUGCCGUCGGGGUCGACGGCCGUGCUCGUCAAGAACCUCUACCUGUCCUGCGAUCCCUACAUGCGCUCUCGCAUGACGAAGCACGACGAGCCCAGCUACGUCUCCGACUUCGUCCCCGGCACGCCAAUAAGUUCUCAUGGUGUGGGCAAAGUUCUGGAUUCUGGGCAUCCAGAUUUUAAAGUAGGUGAUUAUGUGUGGGGGAUGACGGGUUGGGAAGAGUAUAGCCUCAUUACAUCAACAGAGCACCUCAUCAAGAUCAACCACACUGAUGUACCUCUUUCUUACUAUAUUGGUAUUCUUGGUAAGUUUAUAUGCUUCAUGAUGUGCAAGUAUUUCUGA